AUGCGUACGCUCCUCGCUCUCGCGGCCCUCGCGGGCUUUGCCGCUGCUAGGGUGCCCGCCUACGCCAUCACGCGCCCGGUGAUGCGCAGUGAUUCUCGCGCCGACGCUGUCAAGGAGGCCUUUUCGCAUGCCUGGGACGGUUACUACAACUACGCUUUUCCUCAUGACGAGCUUCACCCGAUUUCGAACGGUUACGGAGACUCGCGAAACCACUGGGGCGCGUCGGCCGUCGACGCUCUAUCGACGGCCAUCAUGAUGCGCAACGCGACCAUCGUCAACCAGAUCCUUGACCAUAUUGCUGCUGUGGACUACUCCAAGACCAACGCCAUGGUAAGUUUGUUCGAGACGACCAUCCGGUACCUCGCGGGCAUGAUUUCUGGAUACGACCUGCUCAAAGGCCCUGCGGCGGGGUUGGUGGACGACAGCAGGGUCGACGUGCUUCUAGAGCAGUCGCAGAACCUCGCCGAGGUGCUGAAAUUCGCGUUCGACACUCCUUCUGGUGUGCCGUACAACAUGAUUAACAUUACUUCGGGCGGCAACGACGGCGCCACGACCAACGGGCUGGCCGUGACCGGUACCUUGGUGCUGGAGUGGACGCGUCUGUCGGACUUGACUGGGAACGACGAGUAUGCCCGCUUGAGCCAGAGAGCUGAAGACUACCUUCUCCACCCGGAGCCAGCGCAGUACGAACCGUUCCCUGGAUUGAUUGGAAGCGCAGUCAAUAUUGCCGACGGCAAGCUCGCCAAUGGUCACAUCAGCUGGAAUGGUGGCGCAGACUCGUACUACGAGUACCUGAUCAAGAUGUACGUCUACGAUCCCGAACGCUUUGGCCUCUACCGGGACCGCUGGGUCGCAGCUGCCGAGUCGAGCAUCAACCAUCUGGCUUCGCACCCGUCCACCCGCCCAGACGUGACUUUCUUGGCCACUUACAACGAGGAGCAUCAGCUGGGCCUGACCAGCCAACACCUGACCUGCUUCGACGGUGGAAGCUUUCUGCUUGGUGGGACAUUGCUGGACCGCCAGGACUUUGUCGACUUCGGCCUUGACCUUGUCGCCGGCUGCCACGAGACGUACAACUCGACUCUGACGGGCAUCGGCCCUGAGCAGUUCAGCUGGGACCCUAACGGUGUGCCCGACAGCCAGAAGGAGCUGUUCGAGCGCGCAGGCUUCUACAUCAACAGCGGCCAAUACAUUCUUCGUCCCGAAGUCAUCGAGAGCUUCUACUAUGCAUGGCGCGUCACAGGUGAUGGAACGUACCGCGAAUGGGUGUGGAACGCCUUCACCAACAUCAACAAGUACUGCCGCACUGCGACCGGUUUCGCGGGGCUGGAGAACGUCAAUGCAGCGAACGGCGGAGGCCGGAUCGACAACCAGGAGAGUUUCAUGUUCGCAGAGGUGCUGAAGUAUUCGUUUUUGACUUUUGCUCCUGAGGACGACUGGCAGGUGCAGAAGGGCAGUGGAAAUACGUUUGUCUAUAACACCGAGGCGCACCCGUUUAAGGUGUAUACGCCUCAGUAGAUAGUACAUAUUGUGCUCUAGCGUACUGCAUGCAUAACCUAAAUGGCAUCACCUACUUACUGACU